AUGGAAGCAGCCAGCACUCCUAAGAGUCCAGGGGAAUUAACCAAGCAACCAGCAGUAGAGGAGCCUAAACCUCGAAAGUGCUAUAUUAGCACAAGUUCUGAUGAAGAUGAUUGUUUUCCACCAGCUAAACUGCUAAAAGAGGUAGUGAAUGAGGUCAACCAAAGAUGGAUCAGCAUGUUGGAGACGAUUGCCUCAGAUAACACUGUAAUGCCGGGUCCUUCAACAACUGAAAACUCUGUUGAAGUUUGUCAACAGCCAACACCUUCAGCUCUUUGGAAAAUGGCAUCAAUAGGAAGCAUUAAAAUGCAGCUGGCGGGGGUGAGCAAGCUGAAGGAUCAGGACAGCCCCUUAAGAAUGCUAACCAUAUCGCGGAUCAAGGACAGCUAUCCUCUAAUGAUGCAGCUGGCGGGGGUGAGGAACAACCCCAUAAGAAAAAAAAGAAAACUAAACAUAUCGUGGAUCAGCCCUAUGAUGAUACAGCGUACAUCACUGGAAGUCCUUCUCUAUCCCCUAAAGUUACAUGUGGCCAGAGCACAGGCAAGGAUGAGAAUAAAAAGCGUAAUGGUGCGCCGAUGCGUGAUGUUUCUGACCCACAGCCUAAAUGGAGAAAUUGUGACAUUCCUCAACAGACAUCCCAGGGGCUUAAGGAGCAAGAUUUACAUACGCGUGUUGAGCAGUAUAGACUGAUAACGAAUACAUACGAGGCUAUAGAGAAAAUGAUGAA